GGAAGCACCAAAGUAACCCCAUUCCCAUAGGAGACGGAGGCAGCCAUAUAAUACCAUAUAUCGGAUAGAAAGUGGAGAAGGAAGAUAUAAAGAGAGGCUUAGGCUCACAAGUCUCAAGCCAUCGAUCAAACCCUAACGUGAGGCUCUCGUUGAAGGAAAGCAGAGGAUAGAUUCUCCUUUGUUAUCUUCUCCACAGGCAAUCCUGUGCAACUUGUUUGCUACCCUUUUCUGUUCCAGGAUAUUCAGUCCGAAUCCUUCACAUCUAUUUGUGCUUCUCUCUCCAUCUCUCUCCAGUUUCUAUUUAUAAAUUACCAAAGUUGAUCUCCGGUUCUCUCUCUAUCCUCUUUACUUUGUACAUUACAUUUGAGAUUUGAGAUUUGAGAUUUGAGAACCUCCCACUACCAAUUGGGAAGAACUGGAGUAAAGCUCUUGUUUUUCUCCGUCUGGGUACUUAAUGGCGAGUUGGGUCUUGUCAGAAUGUGGUUUAAGACCCCUUCCUCCCGUGUUCCCUCGACCUAGAACCGGAUGCUUCUCUAACAACAUCCAAAACAAGAUUAUUAGACUACCCGAAUGCAAGAGCGGAGCUGUUGUUCGAUCAACAAGUCUCAGUUCCCUUCCGAUCUGCCUUUCAGGUGGUUCCAAAGGGAGAGAUUGGAGACUCAAGGUGAGCGUUCCAUUGAAGGUACCAUCCAUUGAUGGAGAGGACAAAGGGGAAGAGAAGAAGGUGUUAAAUGGUGUGAAUGCGGUUAAUGGGGUCGGUGACGAAGAUGAUUUCGAUCCAGGUGCACCGCCUCCUUUCCGUUUGGCCGACAUUCGUGCCGCUAUACCCAAACAUUGCUGGGUUAAGGAUCCAUGGCGCUCAAUGAGCUAUGUCGUUAGAGAUGUGGUUGUGGUCCUUGGCUUGGCUGUUGCUGCCGCUUACUUCAACAAUUGGGUUGUUUGGCCUCUCUACUGGGUUGCCCAGGGAACCAUGUUCUGGGCUCUCUUCGUUCUAGGCCAUGACUGCGGCCAUGGGAGCUUUUCUAGCAACCCUCGGCUAAAUAGUGUGGUUGGGCAUCUUCUCCAUUCUUCAAUCCUCGUACCUUACCAUGGAUGGAGAAUUAGCCACAGGACACAUCAUCAGAACCAUGGGCAUGUCGAGAAUGACGAAUCGUGGCACCCAUUGUCAGAGGGGAUCUACAAGGGGUUGGAUGGCAUUACUAAAACAAUGAGAUUUACAGUGCCCUUCCCUUUGUUGGCAUAUCCAUUCUAUUUGUGGACUAGAAGUCCUGGAAAGAAAGGAUCCCAUUAUGAUCCAGGCAGUGACCUCUUUGUUCCCAGUGAAAGGAAGGAUGUGCUCACCUCCACCACAUGUUGGUCGGCAAUGGCGGCAUUGCUUGUGGGGUUGUGCUUUGUAUUUGGACCAGUUCAAAUGCUUAAGCUCUAUGGGGUUCCCUACUGGAUUUUCGUAAUGUGGCUUGAUUUUGUGACCUACUUGCAUCACCAUGGCCAUGAGCAAAAGCUACCUUGGUAUCGGGGAAAGGAAUGGAAUUACUUAAGAGGAGGGCUAACUACUCUUGAUCGUGAUUAUGGAUUGGUGAACAAUAUCCACCAUGAUAUUGGGACCCAUGUGAUACAUCAUCUCUUCCCGCAAAUACCACAUUAUCACUUAAUUGAAGCAACUGAAGCAGCUAAGCCUGUUCUUGGGAAGUACUACCGGGAACCAAAGAAAUCUGGCCUUCUACCAUUUCACUUGAUUGGAAAUCUAGUAAGAAGUAUGAGAGAAGACCACUUUGUUAGCGAUACAGGGGAUGUUAUAUACUACCUGACCGAUACCAAUCUGUUUGGAUCAUCAGGGAAGAAGUCAGAGUAGAACUGUGGAAGCUUUGCCUGAAACAGGGGAAGGUUUUACUUCUACUUGGAAUAGUUAUUCAAUUUUAAGCUUAAUGGCUCUUUAAGGGGGGGGGGGGGACAGCUAUUCUACCUGCCAUUUAUUAUUUAUCUUUCAGAAUCCUGUAACGAGGGAGUUGAUGUGCCUUGCCCAUUGACAGUGGCUGCCUAAUGAAGCUGAAAGCGUAGUAGGUAUUUUCACUUCUUCAGAAUACAAGGUUGAUUGAUUUCAGGUGGCUCAUGCAGUGAAAGAAAACAUUUGUAAUUGUUUAUGCUGAAAGAGAUUUCAUUUUUCAGCAUACCUUGUCAAUUCUUUAUGUAAAGGUUAGAUAUGGAAAGAAAAGGGGAAAGAAAUCAUUUCAUUGCC